UACUCUUUAGGCCUAGGGUUUCGGUACAUAAUAGCGUGUUCUUGCGCGAAGGCGGCCGAGUCCAGACUUACAGCCAGCUCUUCCUUUCGACCUCCGUCCUCCUCUCCUCUCCUCUCAGGUAAGCCAUGGUUAAGCAUAACAAUGUUGUGCCGAGUGGGCACUUCAGGAAGCACUGGCAGAACUAUGUUAAGACCUGGUUCAACCAGCCUGCAAGGAAAUCAAGGAGACGCCAAGCGAGGCAAAAGAAGGCUGUGAAGAUUUUUCCAAGGCCUACAGCUGGACCUCUUAGGCCUAUUGUUCAUGGUCAAACUCUGAAGUACAACAUGAAAGUGAGGGCUGGAAAAGGGUUCUCUUUGGAAGAACUGAAGGCGGCAGGUAUCCCCAAGAAAUUAGCUCCGACUAUCGGAAUUGCUUUGGAUCACCGAAGGAAGAACCGAUCCCUAGAAGGUCUUCAAGCUAAUGUGCAGAGGUUGAAGACCUACAAAGCCAAGUUGGUUGUCUUCCCAAGACGUGCUCGCAAAUUUAAGGCUGGUGACUCCACUCUGGAAGAGUUGGCAUCUGCAACCCAAGUCCAAGGUAGCUACAUGCCGAUUGUGAGAGAGAAGCCAGCAGUUGAGCUUGUCAAGAUCACUGAUGAGAUGAAGUCCUUCAGUGCUUAUGCCAAGCUCCGUGUGGAGCGGAUGAACAAACGCCACGUUGGUGCAAGGAUGAAGAAGGCGGCCGAAGCUGAGAAGGAAGAGAAGAAGUAGAGCGUUUUGUCAGUAUACCAGCUCACUGAUAGAAAGGUGGUUAGGAAGUCCUUAUUUUGAGAAUUUGUAUUUUCCUAUCGCUUUCCGAGACAGCUUCUGUUUCAUUACAUUUGGAAUGACCUGAUUGAAUCUGGAAUUUUGAGCGCAUCUAUUUUAGACUCUGAA